AUGAAUCAACUAAUGGGUUAAAAUUAACGACGCAGCAAAGUCAAUGAAUCAAAUAUUACAGUAAAUAUUGCUGUAAGUCACGGUGACAAAAAGUUUAAUCUUUAAACGUGUGUUGAUCCUGAAUGGUUAUUUAAUGUAUUCAUAAAUGGAAUAAAAGAAUGUAUAAACUGCCAAGUAGAUCUAACCUAGUUUAAAUUAAAAGGUUUACUGCUUAAUGAUGUAUAUAUAUCACAGAAUGACUCAAGGACUCUUAAAACUUUGGGUUUUACAAAUUAUUGCACACUCUUUCUAACAUUUAUACAAAACACUAUUAAUAAAAGAAUAUAUAAAGUAUAAGUAGAGUUGAAAGUUAAGAAAAUAGAACUAUUUAUAGAAUAAAUUAUAACUACUCCAAUAUCCUGUGUUUUUCAUGAUAUUUUAGUCGAAUUAUUUUAAAAUCAUCAACUCAAAAUUGCUCGUCCAUUGGCUAUUUUUAUAAAUGGAACAGAAAUUCAACCAUAUGAUCUUCGAUAAAUAAUAGAUUUUUAAACCGGCAAAGGUAUCACAAUCACAAUAAAAUCAAUCGAUCCAAAUUAAAAACCCAAUAAAAGUUCUAUUGAAAAAUUCCAAUUUGCUUUAUAUAAAAGUAAGAAGAUUCAACGAUUUUCGAAAAAACAGAUAAAAAUAUAAUUGAAUGACGAUAUGGAAGUGUAUGACUAUAAUGACCUUCCACUAGUUGAAUUAAUUCAAAAACAUGUUACAAUUAAAUAAACCUAAUAUUUUAGACAAAUAUAUUUUAUAAAUGAUGUAAUAUUAUUUGAACUCGAAAAUAUUCAUGCUAUAAAUGAUUUCAAGCUUGAAGUCUUAUAGUUAGAUGAAUCUUAGGAAUAAAAAUACUAUUUUUUUGGAGAUUUUUAGAAGAAAUAUAAAAUUAGGAGCAUUAUAGAUUAAAUUUGGUAUUAUUUUGAAGAAUAUAUACCAAUAAAUACUUCAAAGAUAGAACUCUAAAAUUUUAUUAAGCAUAAUUUAUUUGGUCCUAACUAUGAUAAUUACAAGCAAGAGCUUAUUAUUUUAGAUGACGAAUUAAUUAUAAAUUAUUCUAGGAUCUUAAACUGA